UGAGAACAAAGUGUAAGCUCUAAAUGUUUAAGUGUUCAGUAAAUCGAAGGAAAAAAAACAUGGAGUUUUAGCAACUGAAGAGCAAAUUAAGGAGUCUGAAUUGGGUAUUGGUGUUUCUGUUUUGAAGAAUAUUUCUUUUUGAGCUGUUUUGUUUUUAAUCAUCCAUCUUGGGAUACAGAAAAAGAAUCAGAAAGACACUUAUUUUAAGUUUAGAGCACUCACUUCCGAGGCACCCUCACUGCCGAGCUCACGACCAUGUGGCCAUCACAGCUACUAGUCUUCAUGAUGCUCUUAGCACCGAUAAUUCAUGGUGGCAAGCACAGUGAACGACAUCCAGCCCUCGCGUCUCCACUGCGACAUGCUGAGCGCGGCCCAGGAGGCGCUCUACCUCCAAGACACCUCCUUCAGCAGCCAGCUGCGGAGCGCGCCACUGCCCAUCGCGGACCAGGGCCCCGUGGAGCUUCCAGAGGAGUUCGUGGUCCAGGUGCCCAUGGAGCUCAGAUCUCAGCCCAAGCUUUCAGCCGUGCCCCCAUCCCGAUGGCUGUGGUUCGCAGAGAGCUCUCCUGUGAGAGCUACCCCAUUGAGCUCCGCUGUCCGGGAACAGAUGUCAUCAUGAUUGAAAGUGCCAACUAUGGGAGGACCGAUGACAAAAUUUGUGACUCUGACCCUGCUCAGAUGGAGAAUAUACGAUGCUAUCUACCUGAUGCCUAUAAGAUUAUGUCUCAAAGGUAUGAUAUUUCUAAUAUUCUUUCUGCAUUUAGUGUAGACUCUCAACCUUCAUCUGUGUGA